GGCAGCUGCACCCUCAGAGCGCUGAGGUCCCGGGGCAGCCGCUCCUGUGGGAACUUCGCAGCGUUUCUCAACAAAGCCUUCCCUCGCUUAGUUGUUUUUUUUUUUUUUUUUUUUGCCUCGGGCGGAUUUUUGGAUUUUUGUUGCCCUACGGGGAUAAAACCCUGCAGCCCUUGCUUGAUCAACCCCUUCGUCCUCAUCCCGCCUCAGCCAUGGUGAUGUUCAAGAAAGUGAAGAACUUCGCUGUGGCUUUCAGCGAGCCCGACAAGGUUUAUUUCAGCGGGGACAAGGUGGCCGGGCGAGUGCUGGUGGAGGUGGCCGAGGUGACCCGUGUCACCGCCGUCAAGGUGCUGGCGUGUGGCGUGGCCAGGGUGACCUGGGCCAAGGGCCCGGCGCAGUGCCGGCAGGAGAUGGAGUACCUGCGCUUCGAGGACGUGCUGGCCCUGGAGGAGCAGCCCACAGAUGAGGACGGCUCAGUCAUCCUGAGACCUGGCAACAAGUACGAGUACAAAUUCGGCUUCGAGCUGCCCCAGGGGCCGUUGGGCACCACCUUCAAGGGCAAGUACGGCUCUGUGGAUUACUGGGUGCAGGCGUCCCUGGAGCGCCCAUCCUGCCCCGCUCAGCAGAUCAAGAAACGCUUCGAGGUGAUGGAUCCUGUGGAUGUGAACACCCCAGAACUGCUGUCUCCAGUGGCGGCCAAAAAGGAGAAGAAAGUGUCGUGCAUGUUCAUCCCUGAUGGCCGCGUGUCUGUCAGCGCCCAGAUCGACAGGAAGGGCUUCUGUGAAGGUGAUGAGAUCUGCAUCAACGCCGACUUUGAGAACACCUGCUCACGCAUCGUGGUGCCCAAGGCAGCCAUCGUGGCCAAGCACACCUACCUGGCCAACGGGCAGACCAAGGUGUUCUCCCAAAAACUCUCCUGUGUUCGGGGCAACCACAUCAUCUCUGGCACCUCCGAGUCCUGGCGAGGCAAAACCAUCCGUGUGAAGAAGCUCAAACCCUCCAUCCUGGGCUGCAACAUCCUCAGGGUGGAGUAUUUCCUGCAGAUCUACGUCAGCGUGCCAGGCUCCAAGAAAAUCAUCCUGGAGCUGCCCCUGGUGAUCGGGAGCCGCUCUGGCAUCGGCAGCCGCAGCUCCAGCAUGGCCAGUCAGACCAGUUCCGAGAUGAGCUGGGUGGACCUGAACCUCCCCGACGCUCCCGAGGCUCCCCCGUGCUACCUGGACAUCGUUCCCGAGGAUCACCGGCUGGAGAGCCCCACCACGCCCCUGCUGGACGAUCCCGACGGCUUCGACAGCCCCAUCUUCAUGUACGCUCCCGAGUUCAAGUUCAUGCCUCCCCCCACCUACACGGAGGUGGAUCCCUGCGUGUCCAACAACAACAACAAACACCACCAGCAUCACCCAGUGAGCUCCGCAGCCGCGGGCUCUGGACUGGGCUCGCUGUGCCACAAACCCGCAGCGCAUCUGCAGAGGGAAAAUGAACAAUGCCACAUUCCCGAGGAGCUGCUGCAUCCCCAGGGGUUCCUGCAUUUCCCCAGGGAUUCCUGCACUCCCCAUCCCAAAUCUGGAGGAUAAAAAACCCCUCAAGCACUGGGGGGAGAUGAGGCAGAUCCGGCUGGGGACCCUCGGCUGUCGUGGUCCUUGCUCUGUCGUGACAGGGGCCAGGCAGGGAGUUGUGGUUUUUAAUCAAUUCCAUCUGGAUUUUGGUGACUUUGGGCGAUCCCGCCGAGGGAGGAGGGGGCGCUGUGACCGCGGUGGAUCCGUCCUGUCGCGACACAAAUCGGUGUCACGACCUUUUGUACUCUUUGUUUUGUACAUAGCGUUUCGGGGAGGGGGGUGGGGGGAAAAGCACAGAAAUGCAAAUUUUGUACUUUUUCGUGGCCCCUGGGGGGCGAAAUUUGUAAUAAAAUUGUAAUAAAUAAAUGAAAUUAUUCCUUUA